GAGCGCUCAACAGUUCCUUACUUCUCACCCUCAUCGCAACCUACGCGGAGAUGACUACGACGAGUUCUAACGGCACUGGCAACGCUCGCGCCGCCUUGCGAUUCCCUCCGUUCCCCCAGCCGUCUGAGGGACGGACGACCAUCCCAUUCUCACAGUUCAAAGAACGAGGCAUAAAGAGGAACUGCGGGGGAGCAAACCCCGAGAUAGACAUGCUCGGAAUACCAACCGUCGCUAUCGGAGGCCCGAAGUGGGAUCGCGAGAUGGACGAGUGCAAGACGCGCUCGCUCUUUCAGAAACACACCGGGGUCAGAGUCCCGCGUACAAGACCCGCACAGAUGAGCAGGGAGUGGUACAAGGAAUGGGAAGCGACAGAGGCCAGCAGACGCGUCUAUACGAGCUUUGACACGACGAUCAGCCCGCAGGAUCGGUUCAUCGACGCCUCGCAGGCGUUUUACAACACGCGCCGCAACUUAUGGCCCGCCGUCGAGAACAAGACGAGCAUCUACGACAUGUGGAUGCAGGUCGGGAUCUUCACCGGGCUGCGCUACGCGCCGCCGAUCUGGCAGCGCACCGACCAGCCGGAGCCGGACGACUCGGACUCGGACGCGGAAGCGCCUCCCAAGUUCAAGAAGCGCGUACACCACCUGCCCUACGCCGUAUGGGGCGAGCCGACAAAGGUCUCCAGCGACGAGGAGGUGCAGGCGCUCUUGGCCGACGCCAAGCGGCGCAAGGUAGAGAGGCUGGACGCGUUCCUCGCCGACCCUGCGCGCGGUACCGCCGUCUUCCUGUCAUCGCACAUGAUCGACCAGGCGUUCAUCUACUACAAGCAUCUGCUCGACGGCACGCCGCAAAUGCUCAAGUUCUUCUACGAGUUUGUCCUGCGCGAGAACGUGUUCCGCGAGCCCGAGCUGAGGGCUGGCUUCGAGAAGGCCGUUGAUGUGACGAAGCGCGCGUUCAUCGACCUGCCGGCGACCUCCGUGCUAUCGCAUGUGCUACCUGAUCGUUUUGGCGAGAGUUGCAAGGAGCUGUUCGCGCCCCCUGCUGCUGAUCCGGCUGAUGUUCUCGACGAACUCAUGAAGGGUGGCGCAGUGCUUACCGAAGACAUCGAUGUCGACCAAUGGGAUUCAGGCAACGGUUGGGUUGAAAUACCGUCUACUGGACGGGAGCCAAAGCCUGAUCCUCUGCCGGAGAUUCUCGGCGACGAACUUGCCAGGAAGCUGCCCUCGUCCUAUAAGCGCGGCCCCUCUGAGUCCUCCAUGCGUCGCAUCGCCGCUGUCAAGGCGCCCUCCUCGUCCGUAUUCGAAGGGCGCCUAGCGCGCGUAGUGUUGUCGCCCUGGCCCAACUACCAUCCCUACGACCCCACGGACACGACGGAUAACGUCGGUGAACGCAUGUACAACAUCCCUGAGGUCGAAGGGGUGCCGAGUCGCGUUGAUGAGGACAUCACCGUUCUCGUCGAGCCCUCGAUUGCGGACAAGCUCGUCAUCGGUAUGGGCAUCGGUGGAAAGUGGGUGAACGCCGUACCCACUGACGGCGCUGAUGGUAACGACUUUUGGUUUGUGGAGGAAAUGAAGAAGGCCAUACCCAGCUACUACAUGGCGUAACUCUGGGGCGCCUGGACGAGGAGGACCGGCACGUGUGUCAUAGCGAAUCAAUAUCUUGUAUCGAUCUGUAUCGUAACUAUUGUACUCUUUCUUCUUGAUCUACGGGUUAUACUGUCAG